AUGUCAUACAAUCCUCAUUUACGAAGAGAUGAUGAGGUAUACCAUCAACUACAUACAUCUCCACAAGGCUUUGAUAUCAACAAUUUUCAACUAGACAGUGAUAUGCUACAACCAAAUCCUAUAGAUGUCCAGGAAUACAACCAAAGACAAUUCCAAAACCAGAAUGCUAGUGUAAAUUACCAACAAUACCUGGAUUUGCCGGAACCCAAUGUAAAAGACACAUACUCAGACAUUGGUUAUCAUAAUGCAUACGCAAAUCCUGCAGAGCAAAACGAUAUACAAGCUUCUUAUGAUUAUGCCCAGCUAGAACAGAUGGGCCGGCAGUAUGGUGAAAAUGUAAACAUUGUCAAUACUGGCGGCGGUCCAGGCGGUAACGGGCUAUCAUUAGACACGCAAGACUUGCCCCAGUUUAACGACAACAACUUCUUAUCACCAGCUUCACAAGUAAGCCAUCUUUCGCCUAGUAACCCCCAACAGAAUGACUUUUUACAAGUGCAACAACAAAAUCAUGUGGAUAACAACUUUCUCAACCCAAACUCACCAGGUCAUUUUUCCUCGCAGUCAUUGUAUUCUGACAAUUCGUCGCAGCCAGCCUCCCCAUAUCAAGAUGCAGCAUCCCAUUUCAGUAACACCAAUUUGGCACCUCCUCAAGUUCCUGGUCCUGCAUUUUCCGAUGCUGGCUCAAUACAUGGUGGAAAUUCUUCAACAAACUUGGCUCAGAACCACUUUGAACCCCGCAAUAAUAACGAUUACUUAAACACCGACAUCGCUUUUGGUGAAUCGAUCAGUUCAACUAAUUUGGCUAGUGGAUCUUCCUCUUCGAAUAAUGCAUGGCAACAGACUAUUGAAGCUGAUCUUCAAAGAGAAGAGUUUAAUGGGUUAGAAUUUGGAGCUGGAAUGGAAUACCCCAGAGAGUUUCAGUUGGAUUCGCAACCAUAUAUUAAAAAAGAGCAAGAUCCUUUUGAGGAGAAUCUUCAACUCAACAAUGUCAAUGCCCAACCUGAAACGGAUCCUAAUCACUUUACUUUCCGUAGUCCGCAAAUGGACUUCGAUCUUGAUAUCAAGGUUACUCCUCCAGAACAUGGAGACUCAAAGUUUCAAGAAAACUCCACUAUCAAAGGGGGUGUUGGUAAUGGACAAUCUGAUGAUGCAAAUCAAUUACUUACUGAGAACAACUUGUCAACUUAUAAUAACCAGAUACAGGAACAAACCGAUGAACAAGGUGUGACCGUGGAUAAAGAUUCAUCGGGUAUCGUGAUAUCAAUCCAUCAAGCUCCUGAGGUCAUGGCAGCAAAAACACCAUCGUUGUUUAGUAACUCGUCGGCCAAUUCAUCGGUAAACUUGUCAAGAUCGAAUAGCCGAAAUGAAGGGGAUAUAAAGAAUGAAAAACGGGCCAGUUCAAGCCUUGUGCCAAACUCUCAAAUUAUCCCUUCAUCGCCAAACUCUGUCAGUGGAGAGGAAAGUUCAAAGGACUUGUUGAAUCCUGAGUACCAGUCAAUCAAGCGCGGAAGGAGAAAGAGCCAUGCAUCAAAGUCAUCAAACAGCUUGUCUCCUAGACCUCGUUCAAAGUCCCCUGUUUCAAACAAAAGUGUUAACGGCGACUAUAGUGAUCAAGAUGAUCAUGGUGAUGAUAGCGACGAAGAGGAAGAUGGGGAGAACGCCGACGGCUCGUCGCAAGUGUCAUCUCGUGAGAAGAUGUUGGAAUUGGCACUGCCGAAUCAAUCUUCGAAGCGCACCCAAAAGCACCCCAGUGUUUAUGCCUGUCAUUUAUGUGAUAAGCGAUUCACUAGGCCGUACAAUUUGAAGUCACAUUUGCGCACACACACCGAUGAAAGACCAUUUAUUUGUAGCCAAUGUGGCAAAGCGUUUGCUAGACAACACGAUCGGAAACGGCAUGAGGAUUUACAUUCCGGUGAGAAAAAAUACCAAUGUAAAGGAAUGUUGAAGAGUGGUCAACCGUAUGGAUGCGGACGAAAAUUUGCUCGUGCUGAUGCACUAAGGCGACAUUUCCAAACUGAGGCUGGUAAAGAGUGUAUUCGUCUCUUGAUUGAGGAAGAAGAGGAGGAAAAGAGGAAUGGAGGUGUACCGUCUUCGGUUGAUUCAGCAGGAAGUACUAAUCUUAAUCAUUUUUUAUCUCCUGAUUCGUCGUCAACUGGACGUGGGUUGGUUCCCCAUGUAGCGAUUUCACCACCCGAGUAG